UGGGAAUCAAGUAAAAAUAAAACGACAUCGUAAUGGUCAGCUUGGGUAUGUUUUGACCAAAAUACCCCUGUUAUGUAAUUAAAUUCUCGUCAACGCCUAAUUGGAAGGAGCUUCUGCUGUGUUCGUCUUCUUCUUCAUCAUCAUCCAUGGAGUUUCCUCCAGAAGGUUACAGAAGAGGCGUUGGGAUUUGUCUUUUUAAUUCUUCUGGAAAAAUUUUUGCAGCUUCGAGGUUGAACAGGCCUGAAAUCUGGGAAAUGCCUCAGGGUGGUAUAAAUGAAGGCGAAGAUCUCAAAACUGCAGCCAAGAGAGAGCUCAUCGAAGAAACAGGAAUAGUUUCUGCAGAAAUUAUUGCAGAGCUACCCUACUGGCUUUCGUACGAUUUCUCGCCUGAAGUCAGCAUCAAACACAUUAAACACUGGGGAGUAAGAUACAAAGGCCAAACCCAUAAGUGGUUUCUGAUGAAGUUAACCGGAAAAGACGAAGAGAUAAAUCUUCUGGGCAAUGGAACUGAAAGGCAAGAGUUUGGGGAAUGGUCAUGGAUGUCAAUUGAACGGUUACUGAACCAAGCUAACAAAUCCCGGAAACCUGUUUAUGAACAAGUGAUGAAGGAAUUUGGUAAGUUCAUACAUGGAAAUGGGGAUAAUGACAUUUCUCUCAAGCAGAGUGAAACCCAAUUGGUUAGCUGAAGUAUUCAAAUUCUGCUAUGGGAAGAAGAUAAUUUUAUUUAUCGAUCAUACCACGAUCAUUAUACAACUGUAUAUCAUAUGAAUCACAGGUUCAUAGAAAAUGUUAUAUACUCAUAUCUAACUUUCAUUGUUCAAAUAAGAAUGCCUUCGUUUAAAGGUUUUGAUAA